AUGCGCACCGUCACUGCCCAGGGGAUUGAGGACGCAAGAACACCCCAUCAGAAAGUGCUCGGCUACAUCCUGACGCGUGGGGCGAUUGGACUGUCGAUGUCCAUGCAUGAAGUCUGUGACAUGAUCGCCCUGGACAAGGACGAGGACCACGUGUACCUCCUUUGCGAGGAUGAUGCCGUGCUUUCGCCACACUUCACCGAGGAGUUUACGCGGCUGCUGCAUGCGACCAAGCUCCACGACCCCUGGUGGGAGGUCAUUCACGUUGGGUUCCAUGCCGCCUGCACCACCAUCAGGAGCUGUGGGCGGCCUUCUUGCAUGCUGGGGCACGAGGCCGAGUGCCCUGUCGGCCGACCCGCCGAGCUGUUUGGAUGUUAUGGGCUGGCACUGCGGCCGAGUGGCGCCAGAGCUCUUUGUCAACGCCUCUUCCCCGUGAGCCUGCAGGUGGACACCGAGCUGUCGCGCCUGUAUCGGCACUUGGCCAAAGAGGUCGGCUCCCUGGAGGCGCGAGCCCUUGGCCGCCGCCCAGCUGACUUUGCGCCCUUGCGGGCCUACGCCCCUCGCUGUCCAGCAAACGAGGUGGAGGCGGCGCGUGUUGCUUGGCCGGGACCCUUGAUUGUGGCGCCCAGCUCCAGCCCUGACAACACAGACAUCCAGGUUCUGAGCACUCAGAACUUUGCAAAGCAGUACAAGUUGUGA